UAAAUCAAUUAAUUUAAAUACAUAACAGAAAGAAAAAAAAAAAAACAAAAUUAAAUAUAUACAUAUCUCGUCGUGAUUCGGAAAAAGAGCAAAAACCGCAAGAGAACAAUAAAACUAAAAAUUAAUAACAAAUCAAGCAAAAAAUCAAAAGUUUUGGUCCAAAAAGAAAUUGAACAAUAGUUCGCCUCUCAACCACACGCGUACCGCGAAAGCAAAAAAUAAUGUCCAUCCGAUCGAGUUCGCCUAAAGUGAUACUGGAUAUCAGCUACAAGCCUAUGCCGCCUUUGAUGGAUACGCACGACAAUGCCAUAAAAUUAAUUAAAAUGGAGCCGCCAACCUACGAAUAUCUGCAAAAUAUGCAAUACGAUAUGUCGCCACACCAGCACCAACAACAACAACAACAACAGCACGCACAGACUACGUCCUUCUACCAUACGCCACAAACGGCAAUCGCAAAUGGAAUACAUACCUCGCAUCUGGAACCAAUCCAAACAAAUACCAUACACAACCACGGCAGCUUGGUGGAGGCAGAGGAUAUGGUUUACGGCACAAUUGAAACGAUUACGCCGGACUUUCAUAUGAGUAACACGGAUGCGCUGAGAAACGGCGUCAAUACCAUUAAUACACCGGGUAUGAUCGUCGGGUUCGGUCCAAACGAUCAAGUUAGGUCCGGCGGCGUUGCCAGCAAGGAAUUAAAUAAUAAUUUUGGCAUCGAAAAUACACAAUGCAGAAACAACAACAACGGUAACCAUGCAAUACAACAACAACAACAAGCGCAACAACAGCUGCAAACACAGUCUAAUAAUAAACGCAGCCGUGAAUUUGACAGCGCCGAGCCGGAGCUCAUGAACGAAGCAAAGAAGCCACACCUGCAACUUCCAAAUGGACAGCCGCAUACGAGGGCGCGCUUUAUGCCUGCACGAGAUGGGUCUGGAUUCGUAUUGGAAUAUCUGCCCGAGCCGGUAGCGAGCCUCAACUCUAUUAUCACCCAGCCCAAUAAAGGUGCGGAGAGCAGCAGCGGCAGCGGCAGCGCAGGGAGCAGCAGCACAUGCAGUCCGUCCUCGUUGUCUUACGAGUUUGGCGCACAGGAGAUGUGCGAGAGUCUGCAACAGCAACAAGAUCAACUUCAUCGAACACAACAACAAAACCAGAAACUACAAGACCAUCCGCCACAAUUAACAACAACACCUCCAUCGCAUGCUCCUGAUCUCGUACACCCGCACCUGCAACAACACGAUGAUCCAGCGCAUCAACAUCAUCAUCAUCAAGACACACCCACAACCCUGCAACAUUACGAAUUUGCACAUUCCAUGAAGAGCAAUCAAUCGGAGGGUGACGACUGCGAUUUCCUGCGCAUGUCGAAUGGCGACAGUCAGGAGAUGGGCGAUUCGAACUAUGAUUAUCCGCACAAUGAUGACCUAAUGGACAUGCACACCGACUCGUUGUGCGAAAAUCAAGAAUCUUCCAAACAAUUCCGUAAGCCGAGACGGCGGUUGCGUCGAAAGUCCAGUCGUUCAGAGGAUGUGGAGGAAUUUCACAAUCAACGCGUUAUGGCAAAUGUGCGCGAGCGACAGCGCACGCAGAGUUUGAAUGAUGCGUUCAAGGCACUACAGCAAAUCAUACCGACUUUGCCGAGCGAUAAGCUCAGCAAGAUACAGACUUUGAAGUUAGCAACAAGAUAUAUUGACUUCCUCUGUCGUGUGCUCUCCACCAGCGAAAUUAGUCUGCUGAAAUCGGUGGACAGUAAGAGUAUACUCAACGGUAAUGGUUUACCAUUGGGUACAGCGUCUAUUUUGAACGCGGCCACAAACGGCGCCGAGACUGAAUUGAAGGGUUUGAGGCGGGCGACAGGCGCCUCUGUGAUACCGCCUGAAAAGUUGAGUUAUCUCUUUGGUGUUUGGCGUAUGGAAGGUGAUACGCAAAGUAAAACGUAGUAAUAAGUGGUAGGAAAUUAAAGAAAAAUAUUGGAAAUUUUUAGCUAUUAAAAAAGGAAUUUUAAUUAUAUUAUCUUAAUAUAAAUUUUUACGCUGAAAGAAAAGUGUAUGGGAAUUUUUCUUUUGAGAUUAUUUUUGCCAUUUUACAAUUUUGUUAAUUGUAAUAUGAAGGCAUUAUUUUUUUUUAGUACAUACAUAUAUACAUACAAUUGUAGUAUGUAUGUAUGAAUGUAUGAAUGUAUCAAAGAUUGUAAAAAAUGGUAUAAUCAGCUGUUGAGCUGCACAAAUGUAAACUUUCCAUUAAACAUUAAGCAAAAUAGAAUAAUAUUUUUAUUAUUAUUGACUAUGAAAA